AUUUUAUUCUAUGAAUAUUCUUUUGUCGACUUUUAUUCAAGAGAAGGACUUACGUUUUUCCAACGACAGAGACACAUUUUUGUACACUAUAAUAAUAUUCAUAUAUACUAAUUAAUUCACAAUGCGAAAGGUAGGUGCCAUACAUUUUUCUUUCAACCCAUUUUUUCUACCUCUGUUUUGUUCCAAAGGAAUACUCUAUAACAAGAAGUUGCAACAUGCUUCUAGUCAAAAUUAAACUACCAAGUUCUCUAAAUACCUCUUGUGGGACAGAUGACACUUAUGUUGACCUAAAAUAUUCUCAAAUGUUUAAAUCAGAAACAAAUAUGAGAAUUGAGAAGGAAAUGCUAAUUUUCAGCAACCAAGGCUUGAGUUGAUAUGACUGAUCUGCAAUGACUUGUGUAUGCCGGCAAGUACCUUUCAAAGAACAUACCAUUAACUUUCCUCCUCCUUAUUCUUUUGGACACUUCACUGGAGAUAAAGAAUCAUAUGCAGAGCCUUAUUUCAAGUUUCAAAAGUUUGUGUACCAUUCUCAUUCCUCAGUUACAUUCCAAUGUCUCUAUUUCAUUUCCUUGUUAUCCUUCUUCAUAUUGUAACCACUCUGAACUUAGCUUCAGCCACUGAAUUUGUCUACAACACAAAUUUCAGCCACAAAAACAUCAAUUUAUUUGGAAAUGCAAGUAUUGAAUCCUCCAUUCUAACUCUAACUAAUCAGAGUUUCUUCUCCAUAGGCCGCGCUUUCUAUCCUCAUAAAAUACCUACCAAACAAGCCAACUCUUCAACUCUUCUCCCAUUUGCAACCUCCUUCAUCUUCUCUGUUUCCCCCAUUAAAAACUUUGUUAUUACUGGUCAUGGUCUUGCUUUCAUAUUUGCACCAUCAAGAGGUGUAAACGGCAGAUCCUCGGCCGAGUAUCUUGGCCUUUUCAAUCUCAGCAAUGAAGGCAGUCCCCAGAACCAUGUUUUUGGAGUUGAAUUCGACACAAUUAUGAAUGAAGAGUUCGACGAUAUCAAUGGAAAUCAUGUUGGUGUUGACAUAAACUCGCUUGCUUCGACAAUUUCACAUGAGGCUGGAUAUUGGUGUGGGAAUGAUGAUAAGGAGUUCAAGGUGUUGAAGAUAAGCAAUGGAGAGAAUUAUCAGGUAUGGAUUGAGUUCAAGCAUUCACAGCUUAAUGUUACUAUGGCUAAGGCAGGACAAAAGAGGCCUCGAGCGCCUCUUAUCAGUAUAAACCUUAAUGUAUCUGAGGUUCUUAUGGAUGAAAUGUAUGUUGGUUUCAGUGCAUCAACAGGGAAAAUAUUAGACAGGGUUAAUAUUCUUGCUUGGAGUUUUAGCAAUUCAAAUUUUUCAAUUGCUGAUGCUUUAGUGACUGACAACUUGCCUUCAUUCGUCCUUCAUAAAAGAUGGUUUUCCGGAUUAAGAGCCUUACUUCUUGGAGUAAUCAGUGUGCUAAUCAUUGGUUGUGGCUCUACAGUGUUGUUUGUGCUACGCAGGCGAAACAAGAAAGGUGAAGAACUUGAAGACUGGGAGUUAGAGUAUUGGCCUCAUAGGAUUAGUUUCCAUGAGAUUGAUGCAGCGACUAGGGGGUUCUCUGAAGAGAACGUGGUUGGUAAUGGCGGAAAUGGGAAGGUAUAUAAAGGAGUUCUGCAAGGUGAAGAAGUAGCAGUGAAGAGAAUUCUUCAAGAAAGAGAACAAGGGAUGAGAGAGUUCUUGGCUGAGGUCUCAAGUCUUGGUAGAAUGAGGCACAAAAACUUGGUUGGAUUGAGAGGUUGGUGCAAGAAAGAAAAGGGAAACUUGAUUCUUGUUUAUGACUUGAUGAACAAUGGAAGUUUAGACAAAAGGAUCCAUGACAGUGACGAAAACAUGAUGCUAUGUUGGGAAGAGAGGAUAAAUAUUUUGAAAAAUGUGGCUGCAGGGAUUCUAUACCUGCAUGAGGGUUGGGAAGUUAAGGUUUUGCAUAGGGACAUCAAAGCAAGCAAUGUUCUACUGGACAAGGACAUGAAUGCCAGGUUGGGAGAUUUCGGAUUGGCGCGAAUGCAUGAUCAUCAUGGACAAGUAGCCACCACAACACAAGUAUUAGGCACAGUAGGAUACAUAGCUCCUGAAGUAAUUAGAACUGGAAGAGCAUCAACACAAUCUGAUGUGUAUGGUUUCGGAAUAAUGAUGUUGGAAGUGCUUUGUGGAAGAAGGCCAAUUGAAGAACACAAGCCAGGGCUACUUGAAUGGUUGGUCUCCCUAACGGUGAAUGGCCAGUUGCUUAGUGCUGUUGAUCAGAGAUUGAAGGCUAAGGGUGGAUACACCAUUGAAGAAGCUGAGAGGUUGCUUCAUUUGGGUCUGUUAUGUUCAAAUUCAGACCCUAAUAAGAGGCCAAUGAUGAGGCAGAUUUUGAAAAUGCUAGAAGGUGAUAUGGAAGGAGUUGAUUCUGAUGAAGAAAAUAUGGAGAUCAGUUUACUAGGAAAAAUAAAAUCAGCAUCAAUGUGGUCUGAUAAUGAAUGUACUUUUCCACAACCUACUUUGGAUGAAAUUAGGAUAUUCAGUCCUAGAAGUGGCUCAGGUACCAUUCCACCAGAAUUCUCAGAAUCAGACAUCAUUAGAGAAGGUAGGUAACAUUUUAGUUGUUGCAAUUUUCAGAUUAUCCACCAUGUUGAAUAAAGAAAAUUCAAAGGGUCUACCUUGUUAGGAGCUUGUGAAAAACUACCAAAAAAAGCAAUUCAAAGUCUUAUAGACUUUUCAAUGCACGUGACCAAUUGACGUCCAAAGGAGGACUCAUAUAUUCUUGUGUAAAGUGUAGCCUGGUUUAAAAAAAAAAAAGUGAAUUGAUUUACUACUGCUAUUUUUGAAUUAGUUGUUUGCCUAUCCUUCUCGUUUAUUGACAGGUAAAAUUUAGAGAAAUUUUUAAUUUUUGAAAGUUUUAUUUGAACAUUUAAAACUUAGUGUCUACGACAGACUUAUAGAUAAAAACAACGAAUUUGGAUAAUAAAGUGCGGACCACACCAAAAUCUAAGGUGAUGGAAUGAGUGUCAAUAUAAAAUAUUAUGUUUAGAUAUUCGAAA